GAGCGCCCGGGCCAUGGCGGCGGCGGCGGCGGCGGCGGCGAGAGCUGCGGCGUGAGUGGCAGCUGCGCACCGAGCGGACCAGGGCGGCGGAGCCCCCGGGGAGAGGCCCGCGGCGGGGCAGCGCGAAGGCCGGAGCCGGAGCCGGGCUUCACCCCGCCGCCGCCGAGCCCCGCUUGGAGGGGGGGGGGGUCUGCGCCCCGUCACCAUGACGACGCCGGCGAAUGCCCAGAAUGCCAGCAAAACGUGGGAACUGAGUCUCUACGAGCUGCACCGGACUCCGCAGGAAGCUAUUAUGGACGGUACGGAGAUCGCGGUCUCGCCUAGGUCGCUGCAUUCGGAGCUCAUGUGCCCCAUCUGCCUGGACAUGCUCAAGAACACGAUGACCACCAAGGAGUGCCUCCACCGGUUCUGCUCGGACUGUAUCGUCACAGCCCUGCGGAGCGGGAACAAGGAGUGCCCUACCUGCCGGAAAAAGCUGGUCUCCAAGCGGUCCCUACGGCCGGACCCAAACUUCGAUGCCCUGAUCUCCAAAAUCUACCCCAGCCGGGAGGAGUACGAGGCCCAUCAAGACAGGGUGCUCAUCCGCCUCAGCCGCCUGCACAACCAGCAGGCGCUGAGCUCCAGCAUCGAGGAGGGGCUUCGGAUGCAGGCCAUGCACAGGGCCCAGCGUGUAAGGCGGCCAAUGCCCGGAUCGGAUCAGACCACCACGAUGAGUGGCGGGGAGGGAGAAGGGGACGGAGAGGAUGUGAGCUCCGACUCCGCUCCGGACUCCGCUCCGGGCCCUGCCCCCAAGCGACCCCGUGGAGGGGGCGGCGCGGGGGGCAGCAGUGUAGGGACAGGGGGCGGCGGAGCGGCAGGUGGGGUUUGUGGGGGUGCUGGCUCUGAAGACUCUGGCGACCGGGGUGGCACCCUGGGAGGGGGAACCCUGGGCCCCCCAAGCCCUCCCGGGGCUCCCAGUCCUCCUGAGCCAGGCGGAGAGAUCGAGCUUGUGUUCCGGCCCCACCCCCUGCUUGUGGAAAAGGGAGAAUACUGCCAGACUAGGUACGUGAAGACCACUGGGAAUGCCACAGUGGACCACCUCUCCAAGUACUUGGCCCUGCGCAUUGCCCUGGAGCGGAGGCAGCAGCAGGAAACCAUUGAGCCCGGAGGGCCUGGCGGGGGUGCCUCGGACACAGGCGGACCUGACGGGGGUGGUGGGGAGAGCGGGCUUGCCGGAGGAGGAGGAGGAGGAGGCGGCGAAGGUCCUGAGGAGCCCGCCCUGCCCAGCCUGGAAGGUGUCAGUGAAAAGCAGUACACCAUCUACAUUGCGCCCGGGGGCGGAGCCUUCACGACGCUGAAUGGCUCGCUGACCUUGGAGCUCGUGAAUGAGAAGUUCUGGAAGGUGUCCAGGCCGCUGGAGCUCUGCUAUGCCCCCACCAAGGACCCAAAAUGACUUCACACGGGGACAGCCAGAGGAUGGGGACCACAGGGCGUCCCUGUGUCCGGGCUCACCCUGCCAGCUUCAUCUCCCAAUGCCUCCCAGCCGGACAGCAGGAGGACACAAACAAGGACAGACGUCUUUUAUACAAAGUAUCUAUAUCAGAUUCUUCUAUAUUGCACAGCACAGGGCGUGCGCCCGCCCGACACUGCCUUUUCUAUUGACCCUGACCGCCCACCCUGCAGGUGACGGGAAGGUGAACACGGCCCCUCCCCGCCCUCCCACCGACAACAAAUUUGCUUACCUCUUUGAAA